AAUAAAUUACUUCUCUAUUAUGUAUUGGAAUUGUAAUUAAUUAUUUAUGAAUUUAGUUCAAUUUUGAUGUAUAUUAGUAAUUGUAUAAGACUCAGUUACAGAUAAUAGUGUUAUUAGCUACCCUGAUUGAUGCAUAGCUGACGAGAACAAUGAAUUUAUAUAUGAAAUACAGUAUUUUAUUACUAUUUUGUUUAUUCGUUGUUUCUGAAAGUAAAUAUGGUUUUGUAACAUGGUCAAAUGGAAAAGCAGUAGUUUCGACGACGGAUAGCUACAAAGAAAUUCCCAAGGUACAUCUGGCACGAGCCACAUAUACCAACGACAUUAAUCAAACAGGUUGGGCUUUCCUUGAGUUACAUACGUCAACAGAUUCAAGCGAUGAAAAACAGGCAUACGCAGCAGGUGUACUGGAGGGUUUUCUCACACGGGACCUUAUUUGGAUGCACUGGCAAAAUAUGCUGAAAGGGUAUUGUUAUAAUAAAACUGAAAUAUGCGGCUUAAUUGAGGACUUUGUGGACAAGAACGAAGAUUACAUUUCUUCUAUGGUACUCGCAAACCCUACAGACCCGUACUGGUAUCAGAUGAAGCUUUACUAUAUACAAAUAGAAGGCCUAGCUGUUGGAUACAAUCAAGCCACGAGCGAUGCGUACGAGUGGCUCACUGUCAGGGACUUAAUAUGGAUCAACAUGCUGGGCGACUUGGACGAACUGGCGAUAGCGCUGUCGGCGCCGAAGGAGAACCCCGAGGGGCUGCUGUUCGGGGAGCACUGCAGCGGACUCGUCAAGCUGUUGCCCGACUGGUCGGAGCUGUACACCUCACACGCCACGUGGAACAGUUAUCAAUCAAUGCUCCGAAUACAAAAAUCUUACGUUUUGAACUACAAACUGACACCUCACGAGAAGAAAUUCAUCCCGGGCCGGAAGAUGGCGUUCAGCUCGUACCCGGGGUUUGUGCAGUCAACAGACGACUUCUACAUAAUAUCGUCGGGCCUGGUGGCGGCGGAGACGACAAUCGGGAACAGCAACAGGACGCUCUUCGAGUUGGUGCAGCCAGUUGGUCAGAUCUUGGAGUACGCUCGCGCGAUGGUCGCCAAUCGUCUGGCGCGGGACGGUAAGGAGUGGGUCGAGAUAUUCCGGAGGCACAACAGUGGAACAUACAACAACCAAUGGUACAUAGUGAACUACAACAAGUUUAAAGCGAAGAGCGGGCAAACCCCGGGCUCCAUCGAGCCGGGCCUGUUGUGGGUGGUGGAACAACUGCCGGGGUACACGGAAGCGGCAGAUUUAACGGAACAACUGAAAGAGACGACGUACUUUCCGUCUUAUAAUAUUCCGUAUUUCCCGCGCAUGUUCAACCUGAGCGGGGGCAACGUGCGCGUGGCCAUGUACGGCGACUGGUUCGGCUACCACACCAACCCCAGGGCGAAGAUCUUCAAGUCUCUACAGGCCGAGGUGCACAACGUGCGCGACAUGUUCGGCGUGCUGCGCUACAACGACUUCCGCCACGACCCGCGCGCGCGCUGCGCCUGCUCCCCCCCCUACAGCGCCAUCAACGCCGUCGCCGCCAGGAACGACCUCAACCCCGCCAACGGCACGUACCCGUUCCGCGCGCUGGGUCACCGCAGCCACGGCGCCACGGACGCCAAGCUCACGAGCUCGAUACUGCGCACCCGCUUCCAGUUCCUUGCCGUGUCCAGUCCCACGCAUCACCUCUCGCGGGGGAUCCCGCCCUUCCAGUGGAGUAAAUUCGAUAUGGGUCCCCACGUAUCACACGUAGGUCAUCCGGACCUCUGGAUGUUUAGCCCAGUCCUCCACCGCUGGCAGUGGGGCUGAAGAAAACGACACCCAAUACUUGUGUUAAGAAUCAAUUGCGAAUUUAACUUUAAACGUCAACUAUUUUACACUUUGUUUUAUUAAGAAUCUAGUAAUAUUUAUAAAAUAUACAACUAUUUUUCA